UCCACAUUGCAGUACAACUUGCAUUCAUUGCACGGAAAGGUUAGAGACCUCAUUCCUUGUUUACGUUUCAAUUAUUCAUUAUCUUCGCUGAAACUCUUGAGUGUUCCCAAAGAAAGGACUUAACUAUCCUCAUUUGAGAAAUUUUAAUAAGUUUGCUCCCGGCUGUAACUCCCAGGCCUUCACCAUGAAACUCAAGUAUCCUUCAGCAAGGCGUGAUGAAACUGUUAUUGAGGAAUGCCAUGGUGUUAAGGUUGCUGAUCCAUUCCGUUGGAUGGAGGAUCCAGAUGCUGAAGAAACUAAAGCAUUUGUGGAUGCUCAAAAUGCUAUAUCAAGGCCCUUCAUUGAUUCGUGUCCAUCCCGGGGAAAUCUUCACUCUCGGCUGACCAAGCUCUGGGAUUUUCCAAAAUACACUUGUCCUUACAAGAGGGGCAACCGUUACCACUUCAGCAUGAAUACUGGUCUUCAAAAUCAAAGUGUGCUGUACAUUCAAGAUACCCUUGAGUCUGAGCCUCGUGUAUUUCUGGAUCCAAACCUGCUGUCUGAUGAUGGAACUGUAGCCUUGUCAACAUCUAAGUUCACUAAAAACGGAGAGAAAUUCGCCUAUGGCCUAAGUCACAGUGGAUCUGACUGGAAUACUGUUCAUUUCAAAAAUGUGGAGACUGGCAAAGAUUACCCAGAGAAACUCGAAAAGGUCAAGUAUUCUUCCCUAGCAUGGUCUCCAGACAAUGAAGGAAUUUUCUAUGGGUGUUACCCUGAUCAACAUGGUAGGUUUGAUGGAUGCGAGACUGAGGGUAGUAUAAAUCACAAGCUCUACUAUCACAAGAUUGGUACUCCCCAAACUGAAGACAUAUUGGUUGUUGAGUUCCCUGAAAAUCCACUCUGGAGAAUUGGUGCUGAGCUGAGUGACUGCCAACGCUAUUUGAUUGUGACCACCAUGAAAGACUGCAGGGACAACAUGGUGUUUAUUUGUGAUCUUGAAGCUCUUCCAGGAGGUCAAAUUACAGGAAAACUGCCACUUAUCCAAAUAGUCAAUGAAUUGGAUUCGGACUAUGAUUAUGUCACCAAUGAGGGGAGAAACUUCAUUUUCCACACCAACAAAGGAGCUCAAAACUACCAUCUUGUCAAGAUUAACAUUGAUGAUUACUCUCAAGAUAAAUGGGAAACACUUGUACCUGAACAUGAAAAAGAUGUUCUGUCCUGGUCAGUGUCUGUGGCUCAUGAUAAACUGGUCUUGUGCUACAUUCAUGAUGUGAAGAGUGUACUUCAACUUCAUGAUCUUAAAUCCGGUGCACAUCUUAAGACAUUCCCAUUGGAGGUUGGAUCUGUGGUGGGCUUCUCUGGACAGAAGGAUCAAACUGAAAUAUUUUACCAGUUCACAAGCUUCCUCACUCCGGGUAUCAUUUAUCAUGUUGAUCUUACCUUACCCACGAUUGAACCCAAGGUUUUCAGAGACAUCAAGGUUGAAAACUUUGAUCUGAACCAAUUUGAAACUACUCAAGUAUUUUACCCUAGCAAAGAUGGUACCAAGGUACCCAUGUUUAUUGUACAUAAAAAGGAUAUGGUGAAAGAUGGCAAGAAUCCUUGCCUUGUUUAUGGAUAUGGAGGUUUUAAUAUAAGUCUUCAGCCUACUUUUAGUGUCACCCGUCUGAUUUUCAUACGUCAUCUUGGUGGGAUUCUAGCUAUUCCGAACAUUCGCGGAGGAGGGGAGUAUGGUGAGAAGUGGCAUAAUGGAGGCAGACUGCUUAACAAGCAGAACUCUUUUGAUGAUAUGGCUGCAGCUGCUGAAUACCUUAUUGAGCAGAAGUACACAUGUCAAGGCAAGUUAGCUAUCCAGGGUGGAUCUAAUGGUGGCAUGACUGUCGGUGCCUGCAGCAACCAGAGACCUGAUCUUUUUGGAGCAGUCAUCUGCCAAGCUGGUGUUAUGGAUUUGCUAAGGUUCCACAAAUUCACCAUUGGUUACUGCUGGGUGUCUGACUAUGGCAGUCCAGAGGAAAAGGAGCAUUUCAUUAAUCUGAAGGGUAUAUCACCUCUUCACAACAUCAAAGUUCCAGAGCGUAAUGAUGUUCAGUACCCAGCCAUUCUUGUCUUUACUGCUGAUCAUGAUGAUAGAGUGGUUCCUCUUCAUUCCUUGAAAUACAUUGCGGAGCUCCAGCACACUGUUGGCACUUCAGAUAAGCAAACCAACCCACUUCUUAUUUAUGUUGAUACCAAAUCUGGUCAUGGACAUGGCAAGCCUACUGCUAAAGUGAUCGACGAAUGUGCAGAUAUUCUCAGCUUCUUGGUGAAAACCUUGGAUUUAACUUACAUUGAUUAGUAAAAUUUUCUUCAAAUUUUUCCUGCUGCCUUUCCUUCUAUUAAAAAGUAUUGUGUAUUGUGAAUGAAUGAGAAAGCAGGAGAUCUGGCCUAUUGAAACAACUUCAAAAGUUACUGCACAAUAUUUAAUGAAGUCUGUUCAAUAUAUUUUUCUUUAACAACUUGUAAUAUUAAUUCUGCUUGUUAUCAUGUUGGUGGCUUCUGCAAUGGCGCAUUUGGUUCUUGUUCUUUCAGAAGAGCUCUCAUGAGAUUUAACGGUUUGAUGUCAGCACAUGUCUGUGGUGCACAUGUGUGCUUAAAAUACCUUCAGUCAAGUUAUGUUUGGGAUUUUGCUAGAAAGGUUGUAAAUGAAUGCUACUGAUGCCUUGAAUACUCCUGGAAUACUCGCACAUUUAUGUGUACUAUUUUUAAUAAUUUUACAUAUUACCUCAAAGUAAUUUUCUGUGAUAAGAAACUGUAGGAAUCUCCUCAUAUAUUGUGUCAGAUAGUUGAAUGUAUGUUGGAGUGUAUUUUACAAAACAAUUUAAGUCAUAUUGGUGCCAUCAUGUACAAUAUUUGCUCACUGAUACUUACAGCAGCAAACAUUCAGUGGUAUUGUACAGUGUUCUUAUUAUUUCAAAGAUGCAUUGCUGCUCAGUUAGUCCGAUGAAGGUAUGUUUAAGUUGUCCUACUAGGCUAGUGAAGUUUCAUUGUAUUCUAUGCAGGGUCUCUCUUCAAAGCCUUACAGGAUGAGCUGAGUUGAGUUUUCUUAUCAUUUAACUUGAGGAUAUUUAGUGAAGCAUUUAUUGUAAUCACUCAGCAUGCUGGACUGAUAGUUGGUGUCACUAAUUGUUUUCCCUUCACUGGCACAUUUUACCACAGAGCAAGACAAAUAUGAAUGCAUGGUAUUUAAGACCGCUUACUCCAGACUGUUUGUAUUUUCUGCAGUGGCAAUUGUAUGUUGUGACAGAAGGGCCGUUUUUAAACUAAAAUAAAUCAUAAAUAGCACAAAUGA